CCCGGGGUUGGAAAGCGCGUUUUGGGGUGGCUUAUCGAGCUAGAAACGACCAGACGGCUUGAGCUGCAACCGGGGAGAGGCGCUGAUGGCGGCUGUAGAGAGAGGAGGGGUUCGGGCCGCCGGCGGAGGGAGUGUAAGCGGACUCGCACCCUCUCCCCUCGCACCCGCCGGACCCGGAGCCAUGGCCGGACCUGCCGGACCUGCGGGUUCGGGAGCCGUGCCGGUCCCGAUGAACCUUUUUGCAACGUGGGAGAUUGACCGCUCCUCUCCAAGCUGCGUUCCGAGACUUUGCAGUCUUACCUUAAAGAAGCUCAUCGUUUUGAAGGAGCUGGACCGGGAGCUUAACUCUGUAGUCAUCGCCGUCAAGAUUCAGGGCUCUAAGCGCAUCCUGAGAUCCAACGAGUACAUUCUCCCUCCCAGCGGCCUGAUGGAGACCGACCUGGAGCUCACGUUCUCCCUGCAGUAUCCACACUUCCUGAAGCGAGAUGCUAACCGCUUGCAGAUUAUGCUUCAGAGGAGGAAACGCUAUAAGAACCGAACUAUUCUGGGCUACAAGACCCUGGCUGUGGGAGUCAUCAACAUGGCAGAGGUGAUGCAGCACCCAACAGACGGAGGGCAGAUUCUAGGUCUCCAUAGCAACGUGAAGGAAGCCCCAGUUCGUGCAGCAGAGCUGAGUGUCUACUCUUUAUCCAGUCAGCCCAUCGACUCUGAAGACAGCAGUAGUCACCCAGGGGUAAAGGCCAAGGCUUCGGAUCGAUCUCCAGAUAUGGAUAAUUAUUCUGAGGAUGAUGAUGACAGCUACUCAUCAGAGCAGGAGGCCAGUGAUGAUGCAGCUCAGGGCCAGGACCUGUAUGAUGAGGACGAUGAUGUGCAACGAAAGCCAAAGAAAUCACGGAGGAAAAUGAUCCGGACCACCUCAAUGACAAGGCAACCUAAUUUCAAGCAGAAGUUUGUUGCCCUCUUGAAGAGGUUCAAAGUAUCAGAUGAGGUUCUCGACUCGGAUCCGGUGGAUCAGACGCAAGAAGUGGAGGAGGAUCUGGAUUUGCUGUACGACAGUCUGGAAGUGUAUAACCCAAGUGACAGUGGACCUGAGAUGGAAGACAGUGAGAGUGUCCUCAGCACUCCCAAACCCAAACUCAAGCCAUUCUUUGAAGGCAUGUCUCAUUCCAGUUCUCAGACUGAGAUUGGCAGUUUGCACAGUCAGAAGAGUCAGGCCCGGGAACAACCCUCUGCAGGUGGAGACUUGCUGACAGUGGAGAAGGAGAGAGCUGUCAUUGGGCGCUUCCAGGAUGAGACUUCAGUGGUCGACCCUGCAGCAGGGGAGCUGAGUGAGGAGGACGCCUGUGCAGGAGGCGUGAUGAUGGAGGCCGGCAUGAGCUGGGACAUCAGCGCAGAGAAACUGGCCAGUUCAGUGGGCAAACUCUGCAAAACCGAGUCCCAGACGCACAUGUCACCAAGUAAAACAGAGAGCAAACUGCAGAGGCUCCGGAGCACGUCGAUGAAGGACAAACAGAACUCCAAAGCUCAGAGUGACAGAACCAGUAGCAUCGACAGUGAAACUUCACCUGACUCCAGACUCACCGUACAGGUUCCCAGGAAGUCAGUGUAUGACCAGCUCAACCAGAUCCUCAACUCUGAUGAACAACUACCUGAGAGCAUCAUUCUCAUUAACACUACCGACUGGCAGGGCCAGUAUCUGAAUGAAAUCCUCCAUGAGCACGGCCAGCCCAUUGUGUCCACCAUCUCUGCUGCUGAUGUCCAAGCUGCAUUCAGCACCAUUGUGUCCAGGAUCCAGAGAUUCUGUAACUGUAAUGCGCAGACUCCGCCCACGGUUAAGGUGGGCGUGGCCGGAGACCAGAGUUACCUCAGUACUGUACUCAGGUGCUUCGUAGAACAACUCGCGAACAAGACUCCUGAUUGGCUGAGCUAUGUCCGCUUCCUGGUCAUCCCUGUUGGUUGCCAUCCUGUGGCAAAGUAUAUAUCGUCUUUUGACACCAAGUUCAAUAACAUUUUCCUGGACUCUGGCUGGAGAGAUGUGUUUGGGAGAUUAGAGGCCCCGACCUCAGACAGUAUCGAUGUGGCCGGCCGGGUGUCCCAGUACCUGACAGGAGCAAGUGUCUCUCAUCAGAUACCCAUCUCUGAGGCCAUGCUCACCUACAAACAGAAAAGGAAGAGAAGUUUGUAUUUUGAUUUUUAUAUCAGCCCCGACGAGGACUCUUGUCAGAAGUUUGUGCCGUUCAUUGGGCUGGUGAAAGUUGGCCUUGUCGAGCACAGCCUGUCUACUUCAGUGGACUCAGAUGAUGCCAUGAUGAUGGGCAGUAUAAGCAUGUUGUCUUCACCUCCAGCCCAGACGGGGGCGCCAUACGGGAAAGACAUGACGAGCACACCGCCUUCAUCUCCCUCUGUGUCUGCCACGCUCUCUGGAGCAGGUUCUCCAGGUGCGGGCGGUGAGGUGAUGGGUCUUCAGGUGGACUACUGGACCUGCCCGGGGUCAGAGAAGAAGAAGGAAGGAGACAAGCGUGAUGUUGGGGUGAAGAACACACUGAAGAGCAACUUCCGCUCGCUGCAGGUCUCACGCAUCCCCAGUGGAGCAGAGCUCAUCUCCCCACUGGGCAUGUCCAUGACCGUCGUCAUGAAGGAGAAGAACAAGAAAGUGAUUUUCCUUAGUAAAAAGCCAAAGGAGAAAGAUGUGGAUUCAAAGAGCCAAGUGAUAGAUGGAAUUAGCAGACUGAUCUGUACAGCCAAACACCAACACACCAUGCUGAGAGUUUCCAUUGAUGGAGUGGAGUGGCAUGAUGUGAAGUUCUUUCAGCUGGCGUCCCAGUGGCCGACCCAUGUAAAGUACUUCCCUGUGGGAAUCUUUGGCUAUACAAAGCCCAUGUGACAAGCCCGUGCCGGAAUUUUCUCUAGCACACGCUUCACAGAAUGAGGGAGAGAUUGCCUAUGAACGAGAAUGAAACACACAUGAAUUUCCUGUGGAAACACUCUGAAGCCUGUGUCCCUGAAACAAAAUGGAUGUCGUAAUUGUUGUUAUUAAUGUAACUGUUGUGUUAUUGUUGCACCAGCAAAAGGAAUAAGGCCGUUUCGUAAAGACACUUACGCUGCCCUUUUGUAUACGUGUCGUGGUUAUAACGUAACAUAGCCACGAUGAACGGCAGCUUAGUUUUGCACUUUGUUUGGUUACAGUUUCUGUUCUUUUUGUGAAAAUCCUGUGGCAGUUUGUUCUGUGUGUGGUUGAGUGAUUGUAUAGACAAAGGUGGGUGUUAAUGGUGCAAUUAUUAUUGGGGGGGGUGGGUUGAUGAAAGCCUUGCUGUGAAAAAGAAUUCAGAUCGUGUCUUCUCUCUUCUGCGCUCUGGCUUUCAGAGAAGUGACUCGACUCUUUAAAGUACUUAAUAGUGUGUUCAGCUGGUUUGAUUAGAAAGCACAAAAAAAAAAGAAACUGCUCUUUAAAAGCAAAAAAAAGAGAAAAGGAAUCCAAUGCUGGUCUCUGUCAGUCUGAGCAUGUGGUAAAGGAGUGCAGCUUAUUGUUGCGGAUCUAAGGGUAGACGCUAAACUGACUGUAGACCCUCACCAAUACCUCGAUUUAAUGAAUGUUUCAAUAUGGACCUGAACUCUGACCAAAGACUGUUGCUCCCUGUCGACAGUCUGCAUUGGAAAGAUGCAGUGCCCUUUAAACAAAUCUGUUCUGUGUCAGUGUGGGUGAACCCAGGUGACAUUCACCAACUCGUUAUGACAACACUAUUGGGACACUGUUCUUACAUCACUGUUGCAAAUGCAAGCGCUGUCCUGGUUACAGGGUGCAGACGCGAGCGCUGUCCUGGUUACAGAGUGCAGAUGCGAGCGCUGUCCUGGUUACAGAGUGCAGACGCGAGCGCUGUCCUGGUUACAGCGUGCAGACGCGAGCGCUGUCCUGGUUACAGAGUGCAGACGCGAGCGCUGUCCUGGUUACAGCGUGCAGACGCGAGCGCUGUCCUGCUUACAGAGUGCCGAGGCAAGCGCUGUCCUGGUUACAGAGUGCCGAGGCAAGCGCUGUCCUGGUUACAGCGUGCAGACGCGAGCGCUGUCCUGGUUACAGGAUGCAGACGCGAGCGCUGUCCCGGUUACAGCAUGCAGUAAAUCAGCUGCCACUAAAGGGCUCAAUCAAAAGGAAAAUGGCAGGUGCAAGCAGGUUGCUAAGUCUUUUUGAUCUGUUAAUAACUUUUAUAGAAAGAUUUUGCUUUUUGUUGGUUUGUUUUUUUAAUCCAUCCGCUCUUUGAAGUCUUUUUAUAGACGUUUGUAAACAAGUGACUACCAGUGAUGAUCGGAAGGAAUUUCAUGAUGGAUACACACAGUUCAGUAAGGGGGGAGGUCAUUUGUAAUGUAUCUUUUGUGUGUAUGUGCAUGCAUGUGUGCGUGUGUGCAAUGAAAUGCAUGUGUGUAUUUGGGGAAAAAACAGGAGCUAUUUGCUGGGGCCGUUGUGGGGAUUGCAGAGGUAGUGUUUUUUAAAGACAAGCCGAGUCUGGUACAUUCUGGCACACAGGUGUUCUGUGUUGUGUCAUUGGCCAUUUUACAGUUCUGAAAAACUCUUAAAUGGUUUUUUUUCACAUUAUGUCGUAACUGGUAGUUCCAUAGUGUGUUUCACUGUACAACAUAGCUUCUGUUACAUGAGUGUACAACCCUGUUUGGUUUGCCAAGCUCCGUUCAGCAUCUUCUUAGCGUUGACCGGGCUCACCUGACCCCAUUUACAGAUCCCGAUCUUAAGCACUACCAUUUUGGAAGCGUUGCGUUUACAGGUCAAAACACUCAUUUGCAGCCCAUCAACUGUCAAAGGAUUUGCAGACAUAUUUGCACAGGUAUCAUUUUAAGUUAUAUGACAGUAAUGUUGGGAGGUUGACCACUAAGACAAGCUUUGCUCUUAUUUUCCUGUUCCAUAUGUGAACAUUUGUAUUGUCAUUUCAUAUCCUUUCAUUUUGUUCAGUUGUCUUAAAAGUCGUGAAUAUUGAAAGAAUUUUAACAUUGCCUGCAUUAUUUUAACUGUUAUUAACAUAUUGUUUUGUAUUACACUUUUAAAGGAGUUGACCUCUUUUAUAGAAUACUUUGUGUUGCAAUAAGGUUUUAAAAUAUUUCACAUGUAACUAAAUACAGGAAAAAUGAACCAGUGUGUUCUGUUUUACGAGUGCACAAAUACUUUUGUUUUGCUUUUUUCUGUAUUUGAUAAAUCCAUAACAAAUAAAGAUUGUGUAAAUUGAUUAAAUAAACGAU